CGUAAUUUUUACAAAUCAUUUAUAAAUAUGAGGAAUGUAAUCUUGAUCUUAGCACUUUUGUUUUUUGUAGCUAAUACAGUAGAUAUGGGGGAGGAAUUAAUGAAAAGGGAAAUAUUAACUAAAAUAGUUGAAUAUGCUGGGAUUGAAAUGCCACAUGAGUAUAAAAUUAUAUAUCAAUACUUAGUUUACACUUGCUUUGCUUGCCAUGCAAACUAAUGAUGAAACAAAUUUAAAAAUUUUCAUCAACAAUUUUAUUAUCAAUAAUAAGAAAAGAAUGGACAUUCCUUUGUCCAAAAUUCAAAGAUCCAGCUUUUUGUGAAGGAAUCAAUUAGACAUUUAUAGAUUAAUUUUCUAUUCAUUUUUUCAAGUAUAAUGUAAAUUAAAAAUAAAUAGCAAUUAUUUAUCACCUUAAAAUGCAUGUUCAAAUCUGGGAGCCUGUAAAUAAUAACAUGAAGCAUAAACAAUAAAAGAAUAUAUUAAUGAAGUGAUGUUUGAUAAGCUUUCAAAAGAGGAACAAAGAUAAUGGUAAAUAAUAGCUGAAUAAAAUAUAAAAAACCAUGAUGAUUUUACAAUUGCUUAAUUUGCAGAUUUACAUAUAGAUGUAGAAUAUACAGUCGGAUCAAAUGCAUUUUGUGGAGCACCAUUUUGUUGUAGAGAAGAGAAUGGAAAACCUAAAGAUGCAAGUAAAGGUGCUUAAUAUUGGGGAACUUAUGCUUAAUGUGAUUUACCAUUUAGAACAAUAUAAGAUUUGAUUUAAUUUACAGGAUAGAAUAUAAAACCAGAUUUUAUAAUAUGGACAGGAGAUAGUACAUCACAUGAUGUUUGGCAUCAAUAAAAAUGGAAUCAAACAUUACCAACAAAAAUGAUUACUGAUGAAAUAAAGAAACAUUUACCAAAUUCAUAAUUAUAUGCUAUAUAUGGAAAUCAUGAAGGUUAUCCAGCUGAUUAGUAUGAUAUGAUAGGUGAAUCUACUUAAUGGUUAAGAGAUGAAGUAGCUGAUAUGUGGAAAUAAUAUUUAACUUAAGAAUCAUAUUAUCAAUUAAGAAGAAAUGGUUAUUAUUCUUAAGUUGAAGAAUCUCGAAAUUUAAAAUUUAUUGCUUUAAAUUCUUAAGCAUGUGAUUUAUUAAACUUUCAUUUAAUGGAUGGUAUAACAGAUCCUAGAGGAAUGCUUAAAUGGUUGAUUUCUGAACUCAAAGAUUCAGAAAUUAAAAAUUAAUUUGCUGUUAUCUUUGCUCAUAUACCACCCGGCGAUACUUUUUGUAAUUCAUAAUGGGCAGAUAGAUUUAGUGUUGUAAUUGAAAGAUUUGAACAUGUUGUUACUGGAAUCUUUUAUGGUAAUAUAUAUUAUUAUCAUAAAUUAAGGUCAUACUCAUUAAGAUCAUGUUCAACAUAUUAGAUCGAAAAUUGAUGGAAGAUAUGUUAAAACUUUAUUUAUUGCUCCAUCUGGUACUACUUUUUCAUAUUAAAAUCCAUCUUUUAGAGUAUUCUAAUUUAAUGGUAAAAAUAAUCAAGUUAAUGAUUAUGUCUAAUAUAGACUAGAUUUAGCUAAAGCUAAUAAAGAUGGUUAAAAUGCUAUAUUGAAUUGGGAAAUUGCAUAUAAUUUCUUAGAAUAUUAUGGAUUGGAAAGUGCCUCCUUGGCACAUGUUUCAUCUCUACCUUAUAGAUUAGCACAUGAUGAAGAAUUAUUAAAGAAAUAUAUCUAUAGUUAUUCUACUGGAAGCGAUGUAUUAUAUAAAAAACAUCUCAAGUAUAUUCACUUUCUUAUUAUUUAGAGAUCUCAAGAGAAUAUUCCAUAAAAAAGGUACUAAAAGCUUUUUCAUUUGUGGAGCUUAAACUGCUACAUUAGAUGAUUGGUUUGAAUGUCUUGGAUUCUUUGAAAAAUUUAGGGAAACCUCUUUCCUUACUUUUAAAUUAUUAGAAUAAUUUAUUGGUAAAUGGCUUAAAGAAUGAUAAAAUCAAUAAUAUUUACAAUAAAAA